AGACUCUUAUACGUGGGACAGAGCGGAGGCGAGCUUCAUUUGCACGCACCCUUUCGCGAGCCGAACAGUGCGACUCGCCAUUGAAAUUCCCCGCCUUUCGAAUUUUCUCUCCGACCUGUGAACUCCCCUAAGGAGUCCUCAGUCCUAUACUCGAUUUCACGUAGUGUCACGGGGUUUGCGAAUUUUCGUGCGCGAGUUUUCCAUUUUUUCUGAUUUUUUUCUCAAAUUUUUCCGUUCGAGGAACUUUGUGGAGCGAAUCUGCAAGUUUACCGACUCCUCGCUCCAGGGAAGCCGCCUCGACUCACGAAAAAGUGGAAUGAAAGUGAAUUAAUAAUCUAGGAACUAGAUUAACCGGAACAUCGGACGUCGCUUAAAAUUCUACCUAAUCAUGUGAAAGUGCAGUUCCGUAGAAAAGUGGAGCAACAACGAGCCGGAGAGGUCAACAGCGAAGAGCAGGGUGAGUUCCAUUUUUAAAACCCUCUUACAUAUUUAUUUUGCAAUUUUCUCAUUACACCAUUAACUGCCACAUCAUCGCUUUACGCAUUCGACAUGGUUCCCAAUUUUUUUUAUUUCAUUACAACGUUUAAUCCCCUGAAAACGAAGGGCAUUAAAUCCAAUUAAAAAUAUCUGCACGAAGUAAGGCGCGGUUAUAAAAUUAAAAUGGCACAUGAGUACCUUCAAACUUCACAUGGGAUUACAAAAUAAACAUUUUGUCGAGCUGAUUAAGCGUUCAAGAAUUCCCGGGAAAUCUCGAUUACUGCCGGGUGAAAUAAAUUACAGAAAUGAAUUACACGGCUUUGCUCGGUACUCGGCCUAAACCGUUCUUUCCUGGUCAUAAAUGUAUGUAGAGCAAGAUCAUGAAUAACAUGUUGAGCGUUUUAAAAUAGUAUGAGUAGACACGUGGCCAAAUGUGAACUUUACUUUCUCGGUAAAAAGAAAAUUAUACUACCUGGCCGCAAUUUGUACAGGAGAUAAUUGUCUUGUUUAUCGCACACAAGAGGGAAAGCUGAAAUUUCUCAAUAGAACGAUUCGUCGGGGACGGAUUUCAUUUUCUACUUGAUUUCCAAAAAAAAAAAGGAAAAGAGAGAAUAAGGAAUAGGGAUCGCGAAACCGCGAAAUCGCGAACACGAGGGGUCAUUUCGAAGGCGAAUCGCGGUAAUUGCAACGUAUCUCGUCGAUCUGGAGCAAGUGCAUAUCGUGCCGGAUAUUGGCCAACCUCUAAUGCAACUCGCUGAAGUAGUGGAGUCACUAAUUUUUUUACCCUUGGUCACAAGCUAGAAAUUGUACACUGGACUAUUUGCAGACCUUGCGUUUCCUCGAUGGCGUGGAACGCCGCUCGAGUUCGGCAAAGGCGCUUCCGAUUUCCGUUUUGCCCGUGAGAAAAAAAUUAAUAAGCAUAUACAGACGGACUUUCAGCAUUUUAAUUAUGCGCGACGAACAUUACGAAUUUCUUCCGAUGAACAUGUUCAAUAUAAAUCGGCCGCGGCGAAGUAUGAACGGCAAGAUUGUUGAAAAUAGUGUCGAGCCUGUUGAAAAUGCAGAAAAAAAUCGGCGUCGCUGAAUUUUCGGAAUUUCGAGGAACCGCGAAAAGAAGUCUUGGAAAAUGUCACUUUCUCGGAUGUACACCUUGACAUCCUCGACUUCUCUUCUCUUGGAAUCGGGCAAAGAAAAAUUUGCCCGUGAGAAUAAAUUAAUAAGCAUAUACAGACGGACUUUCAGCAUUUUAAUUAUGCGCGACGAACAUUACGAACUUCUUCCGAUGAACAUUUUCAAUAUAAAUUGGCCUGUUGAAAAUUCCGGAAAAAAUCGACGUCGCUGAAUUUUCGGAAUUUCGAGGAACCGCGAAAAGAAGUCUUGGAAAAUGUCACUUUCUCGGAUGUACACCUUGACAUCCUCGACUUCUCUUCUCUUGGAAUCGGGCAAAGAAAAAUUGCACAAUUGCGUCUCCGGCAAGGAAGAGUGGCAGCCUCAGAAGACCGUUGACCACGAUUUACAAAUUCCAGAGACGGUACGUGACACUCCCAUGGAUUCCUUCAAUUUUUCCGCCACGAACCCGUGGAAUAAUCCGCAAUGACGAAUUUAUGAAAAUAAGCCGAGUCCAAAAAAAACGACCGAUUUGUCAGGAUUUCCGGGAUUUCGCGAUUUUGCAUCCUCGAUUUUUCAAUUCGCUUUAAUAAACGAUAAUGACGUCCGCCAUUUUGAUUUCCUAGAUGCUCGACCCUGGAAACCUGGGAUUUAAUCACUGAAAUAAAAAAUAACAAGUCGGGUGUCGGUCAAAGUGGUCGAAAACUGCGCAAAAAAAGGACUCGAGGUAAAAAACAUCCCGAAUGGGCCGCGCGGGAUUUUUGACAAUGAUUGACAGAGACAAGCGAUCUAUCCUCUAAAUUAUCUGACAAAGGAAAGAUUGAGGGAAGUAACGGGAAAUUAUAUUGAACUUUUCGAGGCCGAAUCGUUUUCUUCGAAUCGACUCUCCUAAAUUGUCCGUGAACUCUGCUAAUGAUUGAUAACCUAGCUGCGAAAAAAAUAUGUAAAACGCGGAAGCGCGUCAGAAUGAAAAAAAAAAGAAAAAGAAAUGUGCAAAUCGAAUCACCGAUUUAUCGAUUUAUUCGAGAGAUUUCUCUUUUAGGGGUAGAAGUGAUAGUAAGAAAGUAGAACCGAAUUAGGAUCUAUUAGAUUCCCAUUUGAGGAGAAAAAAGGAUGGCCGCCAUAAAAGAGUGAUCCAUUUAGUAAAAUCACCGAAUCUCCAAACGCCUACAUAUUUUUUGUUUAUUUUUUAAAACCCACUUACAAUUAGAAAAAUCCCCUUAUCUCCGAUUAAUUUCCGGUAAAAUCACCGAAUCUCCAAACGCCUACAUUUUUUUUGUAUUUUUUAAAACCCACUUACAAUUAGAAAAAUCCCCUUAUCUCCGAUUAAUUUCCGGUAAAAUCACCGAAUCUCCAAACGCCUACAUUUUUUUUUAUUUUUUAAAACCCACUUACAAUUAGAAAAAUCGAUUUAUCUCCGAAUAAUUUCCCCCGAAAUUGGUGGAAAAAGGAAAUAGUCGCGUCCACUUGGUUCCCGAAAAGCCCUGCUCGAAGGAGAGCGUCCGUAGAUCCCAUCCGAGCUCCCGUGGACGGCGGGUUGACCAUUCCCUACCACUCGGGCACGGUGAGUAGCACACUCGCCGCCGCACCGUGGACCACUGCACCUCCGAUUCACUAUCUCUCGUUCAUUGCGCGGUCGUACACCCGGAGCGAGCUCCUCGAAACCGUGGUCCACGUCGGUGCUAAUUUCCCCCAAAAUUCUGCCAUCGGGAUUAAAAGUCAUCGAAAGAAAUUAUCGAUUUGAAACCGCCGAAAUAAAAAAAAAGAAAAAGUUCCGAACAAGAAGCAUCUAAUAAAAUUGCCGAUUAAAAACCAUCUAAUAAAAUCGCCGAUUAAGAAUCGCCGACAACAAUACCCGCGAUUGAGAAACCUCAGAUGAAAAGUUUUCGCGAGUGAGAAGACACCGAAAACGAAUCGGCGUCUAAGAAACGCCGAUUCCGCGAUUGAGAGAAAUCGAGAAGAAAAAAAGAAGGAAUCUCGCGAGUGAAGAGCGCCGAUAAAAGAUUCUGCGACUGAAAAAACCCGGAAAUUCGUAAAUUCGAUCCGAAAAACGCAGGAGAAUAAUUAUACCUCGCAGGUGAAGAGCACCGAAAGAAAUCUUGGAUACAGGACGCGGAAAGAAUCCCGCGACUGAUAAAAAGCCGGAAAAAAUAAUACCGCGGUCGUGAACCUCGUCGAAGUGACCGAUAAAACCCGGGGGGAUCGGAGGGGCAUAAAAAGAGGGAAAAGUGCAUCGGGCCCCUUUCUUGGGUAAUUUGUAAUCGUGCCCCGAAGAUACCGUUCGAGGUAGUGGGCGAUAAGAGAAGAAAUGGGUCCCAAGGGCGAAGAACUGUGAAGAGGAAGAAGCAAAAUAUAGAAGAGGAGAAAGGAUAUUAAAAAAGAGCGAAAAGAUACGUUAUGACCACGUGGGAGGAGGGAGGAGAGAAAUCCAUCCUAACUUUAUCGAGGACUCCAGACGAUGAAGUCACUGGGAGUUUUGGAAACGGAUAAAGAUGGAGGUGGACGGUCCCUGAUUAAAAAUCACAACGGAGGAGAUUUCCCCCCGAGAGUAGGUCGGUUUAUCGAGAAAACGAGGGGAACGAUGCUGCAUCUCGGGCCCACCGACCAGCGGCACUCGUAAUUGCGACUGCAAUGUCCAUUUUCAAAUUUACCCGUCCGGAUAUUUUUAUAUCACGCGGAAGUUAACGCGUUAAAGGAUUAAUUGUAAUCCGGGAAAAUUCCGCGGUUCUUUGUUGUCGGAUUAUUUUUAUUAAUGUCUUAAAAUGUGGCGGAAGCGUCCCGGGCUGAGUCGGCGUAAGGAAAAGCGGGAAAACGAGGAAGAGGACUGCAAAAAGUCGGCCACGAGGACUAAGCCGGGUCGACGGGAUCAAUCGAGUCCUUUGAAUCGAUCCGAUCAUCGCAAGUAGGAAUCGCAAUCGCAGGAUGUGUGGAAGAUGGACGUUUACUAGAGAAACUCGACUCUCCGUGUCUUCGUCGAAGCCGUCGCCGGUUACGUAAAGACGGAUUGGAUUUUACUUGGCAGUUAAUGAACCCGGUUGCAUGCUUGCAGAAGUAUCCCUUGGAUAUUACAUUCGGGGCCCGCCUUGGCGAGCUGUUCGAGGACGAGCCUUCCACCUCGGAGAGGCCAAGUGAAAGAGGGAACUGGGUCCUUUCCCUGGUAGUAAAGAGUGUUGCAAGAUCGCCGAUCGACAUCCACCCUUCGUCCUCUUGGAUCGCGAGAACAAGGUCGAGGGACCGACUCGAGAAAAUGGUCCAGAUCGCGAUCGAAAACCAGGCCAAAGUCUGCCCCAAUUCCCGAGAAGAAUGCCGGGGGAAGUCACGUAGUCGAUGAUCCCCAUAGCGUCUUCAAUUUCGAGAAAAGUGGAGCAUAGCGAGCCGCCUCGACUUUUUUUUUUUUUCAGACACCCUGAAGAGAGCUUCGGCCUCUUCAAGUAUUUCUUCCUGUAUUAAAAAAGCUUCCUAGAGGAAGCUCGAGGAAUAGAACUCCAAGAGUCCUUCGUGGCUGAUCUUAGCUUCUUGAUCGUGGAAGUCUUCCGGAAGUCUCCAGGGUGAAGUAGGUCGAAGAAGGGUCAAAGGGUGGGUGGGUGGGGUCAUCAGACCCUGAAGAGAGAAAGAUCGCGAAGCUGUGCCGUUCUUGGACUCGUUAUCCUUGACAACUGUCAAGAUGAAGUUCAUCACGUCCCUUUUCGGCGUCGGGUCGCCGAAGAAGAUGGGCAGACAGUACCUGAAGGUCGGAAGAAAUGCCCUCUUCGGUAUCAGACCUAAAAAAGAUGGCGAGCUCUGCCCUGAUAAGGUGCCCAAGCCGCUGAGCAUGAUCAUCUCCGAGGCCGGGAAAUUGAAACACAGUAGGAUCGCGGUGAUUCUUUUUGGACUAUUGGCGCUUUCCAUCGGUAUCGUCCUAAGCUGCAUACCGUGGGUGGAUUAUAUUAUUUUAAGGCAAUUAAGGUUAUGGAAUGGCUCGCUGUCCUUCCAAUACUGGCAGAAGCCCGGGGUAGUUCGAUUAACCAAAGUCUACAUCUUCAACGUAACCAAUGCCGAUAACUUCCUCAACUAUAACGAGAAACCGAAGUUGCAAGAGGUCGGACCCUUUGUAUAUAGGGAAGACAUGGAGAAAGUCAACAUAGUCUUCCACAAUAACGGCACUGUCAGUUACCAACACAAGAAGAUUCUCAAUUUCGUCCCGGAAUUGUCAAAAGACGGCGACACUCGUGUGCUGGUUCCCAACAUUCCACUUCUGACACUGUCGACGCAAAGUAAAAGCCUGCCCCGAUUGAUCACAUUGGGGUUGUCGAUGUUCCUCAGUGGGAUGGAUAUGAAACCAUUCGUUCCAGUGACUGCCCAAGAGUUGGUUUUUGGAUACGACGACCCUCUGGUGAGCCUUGCCCAUCGGUUCUUCCCGAAAACCAGGAGACCGAUGAGCCAGAUGGGUCUUCUCCUUGGAAGGAACGGCACCCUGAACGAAGUGUCAACCAUUUUUACCGGGCACACUGAUAUGAAGGAAUUCGGGCUGAUUAACAGAUUAAAUGGUUUAGAUCGCCUGCCAUACUGGGAUGACGCUCCAUGCAACUCCAUUCGAGCAUCGGAAGGUUCGUUUUUUCCCCCAAGGGAGCAAACUGGAGCGGACGUCGUCCACAUUUGGGACAAGGACCUUUGCAGGGUCCUGCCGAUGCAAUAUCGAGGUCCUGUCUCGAAAACCGGGAUAAAAGCUGAUCUGUACACCCCAACGGACACCGUGUUCGAUCCACCUAGUAAAACAACCCCUGAUAACGAAUGUUUUUGUCCGGACGACCCAGGGAGCUGUCCCCCGAAAGGGUUACAGAACAUAAGUCCUUGCCAAUACAGUGCUCCGGUUUACCUGUCGUUUCCGCACUUCUACAAAGCGGACCAGAAGCUCCUGGACGCGGUAACAGGAUUGAAGCCCGUUCCGGAACUCCACGAGACCUACUUCAAAAUCCAGCCCGUAAGACGACCUUCUGUUUGGCCUAAACGAGUACUAUAAUUUGAGUAAAGAGGGCAGAGACCAGGGACAAGAACAAGCGACGUAGGCGCGGCACGCGAUCCGUGGACUCUUUAC